AAACGGGAUACCAUCACUUCCCCCCCCCCCCCCCAAAGGAUAUAUAUAUAUAAUAUUAUAUACGAACUUUUUGACGUUUCUCUCCGUACCAUUUUUAUCUCCCCUACACUGGCACUAUCCCGCAGAGAGUGGGAGGAUACCGGUACCUUCUUUUCAUCCCUUCCUUUUCCACAAAUACGGGAUCUCUAGUUGGACAAUUUGGUAACAGGAAUUGGCAUGCUUGUCGAAACAUUUCCAGAGCCUUGGGGACGACGGUUAGUGGCGUGGACAAAAGUCUUUAUAAUAAAGACCUCCCACAGUCCUCCGAGAAGCCUUUCUUUGGCGUCAUUAGGAAUUGCUCGUCCGCUCGCUUUUUCCCUACUACGGUAAUCCUUCACAAUGUCAGCCGAUUCCGACCCCGAGAAGCUCGUCCUAAGUCAGGCCGCGUUAGCCAACAAUCAGAACGACCGAGUUUCCGCUACCAGUGAGGGUAAUGGCAGUAUCAAUAACGGCAGCAUGCAAGGCGAUUUGGAUAGGCUCGACUCGCACAUUGUCCAUGUGAGUGAGGAUGGUGGGGAGGAUGAUCCCUUAGGGCAUUUGCCUCCAGAGGAGGCCGAAAUCAUUCGGAAGCAGCUUGAUAUUCCCAAUAUUGAUCCCAACUACUUCACCCUCUUCCGCUUUGCUUCUAGGAAUGAUAUUAUUAUCAUUGUGAUCUCUAUCAUUGCGGCGGUUAUCGGAGGUGCCGCUAUGCCACUUAUGACAAUCAUAUUUGGGCAGCUCGGGGGUACCUUCCAGAACUUUAUCCUGGGCUAUAUUACUGCCGCUAAGAUGCAAUCUGAGCUCAAUAGGUUUACUUUGUAUUUUGUAUACCUCGGUAUUGGUGAAUUCGUGACGAUAUAUAUCGCUACCGUAGGGUUCAUUUACACUGGGGAACACAUCUCGCAGAAGAUCCGCGAGCAAUAUCUCAAGGCAAUCCUCCGUCAAAACAUCGCAUUUUUCGACAAACUUGGUGCGGGAGAGAUUACGACGAGGAUCACGUCGGACACUAAUCUAAUCCAGGAUGGCAUCUCUGAGAAGAUUGCCAUUACUCUUAUCAUGGGUGGUGGUUCGACCUUCAUUAUAAAAUACAACAAGCAGUCAAUCGAUUCGUAUGCCGAAGGUGGCACCGUGGUGGAAGAGGUCGUUUCAUCCAUCAGGAACACUACCGCCUUCAAUACCCAGGACAAGCUCGCGAAGCAAUACGACGAUCAUCUCCAGGUUGCAGAGAGAUGGGGUCUGAGACAAAAGUCCGCAUUGGCAGUCAUGCUAGGUUUCAUGAUGUGUAUCGUGUAUUUGAACUACGGUCUUGCCUUCUGGCAAGGGAGUAGGUUUUUGGUUUCGGGCGAUACAAACUUGAGUGCUAUCCUGACUGUGUUGCUGGCUGUAAUCAUUGGAGGCAACAUUCUCCCUUGGAAAUAUUUUCGGUACUAUCGACCGAACGUUAAACACAUCUACCCAUCUCGACCCGAGGUUCCCGUGAUUCACGAUAUGAGCCUUAUUGUCCCUGCUGGAAAAGUGACCGCGCUUGUUGGUGCCUCUGGUUCAGGAAAGUCGACUAUUGUGGGUUUGGUAGAGAGGUUUUACGACCCCGUUGGUGGCAGUGUAUACCUCGAUGGACACGAUAUCAGCCAAUUGAACUUGAGGUGGCUUCGGGAGAACAUCUCUUUAGUUUCGCAGGAGCCUGUCUUAUUUGGAACGACCAUCUUCAAGAACGUCUGCCACGGAUUGAUUGGAACAGAAUGGGAAAAUGCCUCUGAGGAGGAAAAGCGGGAACUUGUCACCAAUGCUUGUAUCAUGAGCAAUGCGGACACUUUUAUCAGAAGCCUCCCGGAAGGAUAUGAUACAAAUGUCGGUGAACGUGGGUUCUUGAUGAGUGGUGGACAGAAGCAGAGAAUUGCGAUCGCCAGGGCUGUUGUCAGCGAUCCCAAGAUAUUACUGCUAGACGAGGCUACUAGUGCGCUUGAUACCAGAAGCGAAGGUGUUGUGCAGGCUGCUUUGGACAAGGCGAGUAUGGGACGAACGACUAUUGUAAUUGCUCAUCGUCUGUCAACCAUCAAAACUGCUGAUAACAUCGUUGUCAUGUCUGAGGGUACCAUCGUCGAAUCCGGCACCCAUGACGAGCUUUUGGAGAGGAGAAGUGCAUAUUACAAUCUUCUCAAAUUGACACUUUCACGCAAGUCGAAGUCCCACAUUGCAUUGGAGAAUAGGGCACCGGAAGCCAAGCCCGAAUAUGGGCUUUGGGAACUUAUUAAGCUUACUGCUUCUUUCAACUCGAAUGAAAAGUUUUACAUGUUUGGCCUUGCUUUUGCUUACUGCUCCGAGAGACUCGUCCACAGGGUGAGGGAUCGUGCAUUCAGGACCAUCAUGAGACAGGAUAUUGCCUAUUUUGAUCGUGAGGAGAACUCUACUGGUGCCCUUACUAGCUUCUUGUCCACCGAGACCACCCAUCUUAGUGGUAUGAGCGGUGUCACGUUAGGAACGCUCCUCAUUCGUAGGAGUAAGAAAGCCUAUGAGAAGUCUGCCGGUUUUGCUUGCGAGGCUACUGCGGCUAUCCGCACCGUUGCUAGCUUGACCCGCGAGAAGGAUCGUUCUCAAGAGUUCUACUCUUUACGCUGGUUCCCAAUCUUUUACUCUCUUGUGCGUUGCCCUUGGGUUCUGGUAUGGGGGUACUCUAAUCAAGACUGGAGAGUACAACAUGAUGCAAUUCUUCUUGGUUUUUGCAAGUAUCAUAUUUGGUGCUCAAUCUGCAGGAACCAUCUUUUCGUUUGCCCCAGAUAUGGGUAA